AUGAGGCGUUUCACGGUCAACGACAGCGUCCUCUCCAGCAGGGAGCUGCUGCUGCUGCUGCACAAGUGGAGCCUUGUCAGCAAAGACCUGCAGCUGCAGGAGGACCUGCAGGCCCUGGCUCAGAAGCUUCAGGAGCUUCUCUCAUCCCCAGAAAAUAUUAAAGACAAGAACAAACCUCAACAAACCUCAUCUCAUUUGUAUCGUCACACUUGGAAAAAGAACGAGGUGGAAGAAGAUGACACUGCUGCCGACCUGGAAGUGUCUGAGCUGGAGAAAUGCAGAGAACAUCUGAAUUCCAUACUUGCCCACUGGGACCCUGUUUUCCCAGCACCACCCCCCACACAGGGAGGGGAGACCCUCAGAGCCAGUGAACCUGGGGGUGAGGCAGUGGCUGUCACCUGUGCAUCCAUUCAUCUUGUCACUGAGUGGCUGGUGAGGUCCCUGGCUGGGCAGAGCGCCCUCGGGGAGCAGGACGUGUCACUAGUGCUGAGGUGGCUGCGGAACCACGUCCUACCACGCCCAGCGGCCGUGCAGGAGAUGCUCAGGGAUGAGACACUGAGGAACAGCCUCUUCAAGCUUUACACCUGGCUCUGCCAGGCCAGCAGCACCUCAGCUGGGCUCUCCAGGCAGCUCGGUGGGCUCAGUUCCAUCAUGCUCCAGCUCAUGGAGGCUCAGGGCCUGUCCAGCACCUUCCACGAGCUUGUGAAAUCUCUGUGCCUAUCAGCAACGGUGGAAGAGGAUACAGACAAGACAGCUGUUUCUGUGUUUCUGACUUCCAUUUACAUUGGAGACAUGUGGCUUGGAGCACAGGAGCCGGAUAUAUGUUACUUAGCCUUGUCAGAUUGA